AUGUCUAAUCAUCCUUAUACUGAUACUGACAAUGCUCAUCAUGGUGGCCAUUCUACUGGUCACCGGUACACGGAUGCUCAAGAUGCCCCUUGCGAAGGAGAAAAGGAAAACUGUCCUAUUCAGUUACAACAACUCAAAGCUGAGGUUAAUCAACUACGAGCUAGGAAUGCUGAGCUCAAGCAUGUUGCCCAAAUGAAGAAUUCAAGUGAGAGCCACGAGAAUGUACCAGAGCGGUCAAUUCCUCGACCUUCAAAUCUUAAAAAUACAAGCAUUGCAGAAAUUCGGCAACAUAUGGGUCUCGAAGGAAAGGAUUCAGAUUCAAAGAAGAACUGGCUCAAUCAUCGUAAAACGGUCCGAGAUGCUCUAACAGUGACACGCCUAAAUUUUGGCUAG